UCAGACAUUUUAGGAACAAAUCUUCAAAAGACCAUCUGGCAACUCUGCGUGGCGAGGUCGCCGUCACUCUGUUUGUAAACAUUGAGGGGUGACACUCGGAAAUAACUUCUCUUUAUUUAUAUAAUAGAUAAGUGAUUCAUGGAGAUGGCACUCAAUCUUCUACCUAAUAAUGCUAUGACAUUCACUGAAAAUCAGCAUGGUACUGCUGUCUUGGAAAAGCUCAGAAGUCAACGGGAGCUUGUGAGAUGUUGUGAUGUUGUGUUACACGUGGCUGGCAAUCAGUUCCAGGCUCACCGCUGUGUACUGGCUGCUUGCUCUCCAUAUUUUGACUCAAUAUUCAAAGCUGGCAAAACUGUCAAGGAACAACUUACGAUCACUUCACAAGAUCCUGAAGUCUUCCGUUGCUUAUUAGCUUAUAUGUAUACUGGGACAGUUGUUGUUGACAAAACAAAUGUGGCUGAACUUCUGAGACUUGCCAACAGACUUCUCAUUGCCAAGUUAAAAGAACACUGUGCAGAGUACUUAGAACGGUACCUUGAUGCAACCAAUUGUCUUACUGUGAGGGACAUGGCUACUAAAUACAACUUAAAGGCUCUUGAAAAAACAACUGGGACUUUCAUUCAAAGCCAUCUGUCUGAAGUAGUUGAGGGGGAUGAAGUGCUUGAAAUGUCUCACACAAGACUUGAGGAUUUUCUCGGAUGUCCAAGUUGGCACUUACAUGAAGACCAGACCCUUUUAUUGGUUACUCGGUGGGUUCAUCAUUGUCCAAAAAGCCGGGAGCGAAACUUGCGAAGUCUUCUGACAUGGGUUCAGUGGUCACACCUCAAUCCAGAGACACCUAUUCACUUGAUUCAAAACCAUCCCCUUUAUAUGUCCAGCUCACGCCUUGCACUGUUUUUUCUUCUGGAUGCUCUUAAUGAACAUUCUCUUCUUCCAUCUGCCUUUCUCACCUCUUUUUCAAAUUUGAAAGCUAAGUUUUCCCAGUCUGCAGACUCUGUUGUAGACAAUGAAAGUUUCUUCAGUCUUGCAAUAUCAACAGCAAUUGAUGAAUUCCAAGAAGAUCAGCUGAGUGGUGGCAGAAACCAGGAAGUGAUGCCAACUGUUACAGACUUUUCUAUCCACACAGGCCCUUCUCACUGUGCCCAGAAUUUACCACUUGAUCCAGAUGAUCUCACUAAUCCUACUAACUUAACUAUGCUGCCACAGCUUCAUAAACCAAGUGAUUUUCAUAUUACCUCAAGAAGAGAUGGUAAUGAUCAAGAUACUGAGCAGUGUAACCAAUAUGAUUCUUGUCGAAUUAUCCAUAAUUCACAAGACAUCCAUGGCAAUCCGUCUAAUUCAGUAUAUUCUCAACCAGGUCCAUCUGGAAAAGAAACUGUGUGUCACACACAUAUAUCUGAAGACUUAGUGGGAAAUUCAGAAUCUGUUGAAGAUAGCAAAUUUUCUUGUAACAGCCAAGGGCAUUUUGGACCACCUCUUGUAAGAAACAUGACUGUUUGGCAUCAAGAACCUCCUUAUAGUGCUGAAGAAUCCCUUUCCUCAGAUUCGAGUCAGAUGUAUCAAAGACAAGUAUAUGAUCAGAACUUUAGUAUGAAAACCCAAUGCCCAGAGUCUUUCAACACGAGAGUUAAUCCUCAAGCCAUUUAUACACUGAGGGAAACACCUCAUAAGAAUAAGCCAGGUUUUGCGAGUGCAGUUUCAUGUUAUGUAAGCACAUAUAAUCCUGAUGAUGAUAUGACCGUAUCUGAUGACCAAAGCACACAGUCAUUUCCAUAUGAUGAAAAUUUUAACCCAGGUAUGAAUUUUUAUACAUGUAGGCCAUCAGAUGUAAAAGAAAGCCAACAUUUAAUGAUUGAAUCACAUCACAGUCAAGAAAACUAUGCAAAGUCAUAUUAUCAUGAUGACCUAGCAACAGCCCAAGAUGUGAACUGUAUACAGCCUGAUGUAUAUUACAAUGAAAAUUCAACAGACACUCAGAUAUCUAACUGUCCACAAGACAUGACAAUACAAGUAAAAGAUUUACCUCAAAAUCUAGAAACGGAAGUAGCAAUCAACUCUGAAAAUACUAGAAUUAACACAUUGUCAGAAAGAAUGCUUGCUGAUGAUCCCCAUUAUGAUCAUUAUCCACUGAAAAGUAAUGUUGCAGAGAGCAAAUUCCACAGAGAUGCAGUUCGAUCUGUAGAGGAACCAGUAUUAUCUUUAGUACCAAGGGACAUAGUGCCUCAAGAAUUCUUAUUGGAUGGGAAGAGGCUAACUGCUGACUGUGAUUUAGAGGCAAGAGGUAUUGUUACUGUUGUCGGAGGAACACUUGAAGGUGACAAAACAUACAAGGGAUGUUCUUUAGAGAAUGGAGGAGAAAAAUUUUAUAAAGAGGCACAUACCACAGAUGGAAAAGAAUUUACUAAGAAUGAACCAGUGGAGAAUAUGAGAGACUCUUUAGCACUGAGUAUUGAAGUUACUCCACUAGAGAGACAGCAUACUCACGUUGUGUCAUCCAUCGAAAAUACCACACGUCAAGUUAAGUUUAAGAUGAACCGCAGUUGCAGUCAAGGAGUCUCUGGUUUUCUAUCAAGUACAAGUCAAGAUUUAACAGUCUCCUCAGAACCAUCACUUCCUAGUAGUGCCCCAGUCACAGAUAUCAUAGACAUGAUUAAGAUCGAGACACAUGAAGGAGACCCCGAUGAUCCUCAGAUUGUACUUAAUGGGAGAGGAGAAACUUCCUUGAAAAGGGAUUUAAAAGAAAAUCAAGGCAAUACUGAACCAGAAUCAGAAGAUACUUUAUCAACUGUACUGAAUGAACAGGAAAAUGUUGGACCAGCUGUCAAGGAGAGCUUGAGGAAAAUAUGCAGGAAAGACAAGAUAACUCUAAAGAAUAAAGAAAAGAAAAAGGAAGGUACCAACACAUCAGAGAGAGUGUGUGAAAAGUGCAAAGCCUCCUUCCUUCAAACAAGACUCUACUUUUCCCAUAUGAGGGAACAUUUUCCCGGCCCACCCCAUACCUGUGAUUUUUGUCAGGCCUCCUUCAAGCGUAUCUAUCACCUCCUGGAGCACCGAGCCAUUCACCAGGAGGAAAAAGUACACAAAUGUCCUCACUGCCCUUUCCGGGCCCACAAGAAGUUUAAUUUAACGGAGCAUGUAACUCAACACUCAAAAUCUCGAAAGUUUAAAUGUAAUAUUUGUGGUGAUUCCUUCUCUCGAAUACAGAACUUACAGAUCCAUAAAACAAAGCACACAUCAGAGCGUCCUUUCUUGUGUGAAUCUUGUGGCUGGUCUGGAAAAACAAAAAAUUCCUUAAUCUUACACACAAAGAAACACACUGGUGAACUUCUCAGGUGCCAGUACUCAGCUUGCACAUAUGCUACAGCCAAGAAGUCUCAUCUCAAAGAACACAUGCUUAAACACUCUAAUAGCAGACUCUUCACUUGUAAGGUUUGUAACCACAAAUUUAUAACCAGAAGUCAUCUUAGAAGACAUAUGAAGCAACACCUUCUCGAGAAACCAUUCAAGUGUUCGCAGUGUGACUACAGCUCACCAAGACAAGAUCGUUUGAAGGUACACAUUAAGAAGAAGCAUGCUCCAAAGGAAUCUGAUGCUGUUCAAUCAAAGAAGAAAAUGAGUAAGAAAAAGAACACAAAUAUUGGUCCCAGCAAACAUCAGACAGUAGUAACAAGCUCCAUAACAGCUCACAUUGAAUGUUCACAGGCAGAUAUCUUCUCGGACUUGGACAAUACAAAUAUAUCGUUGCAGCCUCAGUUAUCAGGAACUCCCCCACCAACCACACUUUCAGAGUAUCCUCCAAGUCCAUCUUACACAUUUUCAUCCCAGUCUGCUCCUGAAGAUUCUCUCAUUAUUGUCUCAGGCAUGGCCUCAGUUACUGAGGGAUUUGCUCCUCUUAAUCAGACAUAUGAGGGGAGUUACCAUAGUCCUCAAUAUCAGACCUCCCCAUCUCAUUUUGCUGCUCUUUCACCAACACAAACAACAUUAUCCUAUACUAAUGGGCAUAAUCAAGAGGAAAGCCCUCUGAACUUUGCUGCAUGCAUGAAGUAUGAUUGAAUAUUGUAUUAUAACUUAAACAUAAAUUAUUUCUAAAA